AAAAAUCAUUUAAAAUUAAUAAAAGUUUCGACAAGUUUCUCUAAAUUUUAGUUGGAAAAUGGAAGAAGAAUACGAAGAAAACUAUCUUUAUAAUCAGAGUAUUAUAAAGCGCGUAGAAAAGGAUCGAUUUCGUCGUCGACUACUUAAAGUUUUAGCCCGAGCCUUAAUUAGCGGUCGUCGUACUAUUAAUCCAGAAGAAAGUGAACCCGAAAGUGAUGCUGACGAGUGGUUUGACAUUGAAAUACUGGAAGCGUUAGGAGACUUAGAGGUAGAAGAUUUUGAUAUGCUCUCUCCGCAAGAAAUCAACGUCAUAAAACCGGAGAAGUCCCUACUUGAAUGUGAUGGUAUUGAGCCAUCUACCUCUUUUGCAGCUAGCGUGCCAUUUAGGUAUCCAGCAAUUACAACAUCAUCCUUUAUUUGCUUCAUUUCCAUUCUGGCACUGGCAGGUCUGAUGUUUCGAAAUGUAAGAUAGAGAGAGAGAGAAAAAAGCUUGGAAGAUUAGUGUUAUCACUGAAAUCUGAAAAUCAGGGACUUAUCAGGACUAGUGAAAAGACUAGCAUAUGACUUUAACUUAACUAAGAGAAUAUAUUACAAGCCGUAGCGUCUAAGUUAAUCUGUGCUCUUAGAUAAUGUUUACAAUAGAAACAUAUUGCGGUAUAUGAAAUACCAUUAAUAGCUUUAUUUCCGUUUAUUUUCCAGUGCUUAUUGAAAAUUUUGAUAUUAAAACGCCUAUUGAGAACUUGCA